AUGACAUCUCUCGUGUCAGAUUUCCUUAUAAACCCCGUUCUACGCCAGGCCCGCCGCUUCUCCCGCUCCACCUCAUCAGGAGACCAUAUCGAUCCCGUAACGAACCAGCGAACACCCUUGGAAAUUCGCCAUGAGGUUGCUGUCGAGGAUAUAGCAGGACAUCUGGAGGAGUUGCGCGGGCCAGGGAUUGAGGGGGAUGGAGUCACCGAAAGUCUUUCGGGGGCAAUUCUAACCUCGUCUCCCAUCGAAGAAGACGGAGGACUCGAUGCAGAACUACAAGCACAGGAGGCAAACGGAGCAAAUGGUCCCCCUUCAUUUGAAUCUGCGUACAUAUCACCUUUGCUUGUGAGCUCUAUACGAUCGAACACCGAUCCAGUCGACGAUGAUGUCUCGGACAAUCCAUCAUUUGGAGUUCCCUCGCGAUUCCGAACGGACUCUGCAACGAGUGCCACAUUUAGUACGAACCACACUGUUGUUGAUUCGACCAUGAGUCCCGCCGAAGGACCUUCAAGACGCUCGACACAAGAGCUUAGGCAAGGCUCUAGUCACCAGAGAAACAGCUCACUGCCAGCAGACGAUGGGAUGGGUGCUCUACGGCAGCAAAUUAUCAGCAUACAAGCGAUGGAUGUUCCGAAUGAGGAGAAAGCCCGUCACAUGCACAAGCUUCUUACUCGAGGCUAUAGUAGAGCUCAAGAAUUCCACAUAAAACUCCAACCUCAAGCAACAGCACCAGAGGAGAUGAUCAGCCAAGAGCGACCUGCUACGCCUGGGUCACUGAGCUCCUUCAUAUGGCAAAUGAAUGGUGCACCAGAAUCUGGUCUUGCAAACCAUCAACACACAUUUCACCUCUCGCCAGAGGAUCUGAGGCCGACUUUUUAUGAACCGUUAUUCAUUCCAGAGUUGGACGCAGAUGGAGAAAGUCAAAUUGAAGAUGGUAUUCCAGUACUAGGCUGCCCACAUUACAAAAGGAACGUAAAGUUACAAUGUUCAACCUGUGAUCGAUGGUAUACCUGUCGGCUGUGCCACGAUAAAGUCGAAGACCACAUUUUAAUACGGAAGGCCACGAAAAAUAUGCUUUGCAUGUUGUGUGGUUGUGCUCAAGGGGCCGGUGAGGUCUGCGUCGAAUGUGGCGAGAGGACUGCGUGGUACUACUGUGGUGUCUGCAAGCUGUGGGACAAUGAUUCGAGUAAGAGCAUUUAUCACUGCAAUGAUUGUGGCAUCUGCAGAAAGGGUCGCGGCCUUGGCAAAGACUUCUUCCAUUGCAAGACUUGUGGCGUCUGCAUGUCUAUGUCUGUGGAACAUUCUCACAAGUGCAUCGAACGCGUCUCAGAUUGUGAUUGUCCAAUCUGUGGAGAGUACAUGUUUACCUCGCCCUCUCCGGUGGUAUUCAUGCUCUGCGGACAUAGUAUCCACAAAGCAUGUUAUGAUGAGCAUAUGAAAUCUUCUUACAAGUGCCCGAUUUGCAGCAAAAGCACAGUGAACAUGGAGUCACAGUUUCGAAAUCUCGACCGAGCUAUUGACAGUCAGCCAAUGCCUCCCCAGUUCCAGGACACAAAGGCCAUGGUAUCAUGCAAUGAUUGCUAUGCCAAAAGUGCCGUGAAGUAUCACUGGCUUGGGCUAAAAUGUGCAAUAUGCGAUUCAUACAAUACGGCACAGCUUUCAAUCUUAAGCGACCCGGCCAUCGAAGUCCCCCCUAUCGAAAAUAGAGAAUUGGAGCUUGUUUCGCCUCCUGACUUAGGGAACGGGGAAAUAGCGUCAUCGGGAUAUCUUGGUGUUGGUCCGCCACGAACCCGAAGGCAUUCUUACCACGUGCAGCCGCCAAUACCAAUCGAGGGAUCAAAUCGAUUCUCCCCGUAUUCAGCUCUUCAGCGAUUGGGUAGAUCGGUGUCUCCAAUUCGGGGUAUUGGAUUAUUUGGAGAGCCAGCCGGCGCCAUGGCAAUUGAGACAGAUGAUUCAGCAGAGGAAGACGAACUCGACUUCUGGGGCAGAGAUGAACCACGAAGUGUGACAUCAGGUGAGAAUAUCGAUGAAGUGGAAGAAGACGCUGAGUCGGAUGAUGACUCGGCUAUGGAUGACUGCGAUGAUGACGGCGAGGACGGCGAUGAUGAAGACCAGUUUGAGAUUUUUGGGCAUCGUUAA